AUGAGCUUCCUGGUAACCAAGUCCUCGCUGCCGGUGCUCGUCGGCCCGUCGGAGCCCACGCCGGCCGGCUACCUCCGCCUGACCUCCACUGAUAAGUCCCGCCUCUGCCGGCCCUUUACAUCCCUCCACGUCUUCGACCGAGCCAUCCACGAGUCGGCCGAGACCGUACGGCGCGCGCUCUCUCGUGCGCUAGUCCACUACCACCCAAUCGCCGGCCGCCUCACCGUCUGUACCGGAGACGGCGACUCUGACUUUCAGAUCGCUUGCACGGGCGAAGGCGUGGCGUUCGUCGCCGCUACGGCUAACUGCACACUGGAGGAUGCCAGGUUCCUCCACACGCCGCUGGCGCUACCGCUGGCCGACCUCGCCCUCCGUUACGGUGGGCGCUGCCGGUUGUCCGACCCGCUGCUUAUGGCGCAGGUGACGGAGUUCGUCUGCGGCGGGUACAUCCUCGCGGUCACGUGGAACCACGCCAUCGCCGACGGCUUCGGGGUGGCGCAGUUUCUGCAAGCCGUUGGCGAGCUCGCCCGCGGACAUUCCUCGCGGUCCAUCGUCCCUGUGAGGCACGACGGGUCCCUCCAGGAGAUCCCUCAGCUGGCCACCGCCCUAGGUCCGCGCCUCGCCGGCUGCAAGCACAUCGACUUCGCCUACACCGACGUGACCAUCCCCUGGAGCUUCAUAAACCGCGUCAAGGCCGAGUUUUUCCAGCAGGGUCGCGGCCACACCGGCGGCCGGCAGCCGGCUUCGUGCUCGACCUUCGAGGUGGUAGUCGCCGCGAUAUGGCAGUGCCGGACACGCGCGAUCACUAAGGGCGCCGCCGAAAACCACGGCUCCCCCGCGCCGCUCAUGUUCCCGGUCAACGUGCGGAACCGCGUGGGGGACAAGGACGGGUACUACGGCAACUGCAUUAUGUCGCAGGUGAUUACGGCGGCGAGCGGUGCUGUGGAAGAUGGCAACAUCGUGGAGGUGGUAAAGCUGGUCAAGCGCGGCAAGGGAGCAGGACCCACCGACCAGAGCCAGUUUGCUGACGUUAUCUCCUUCCCGACGGAGACCAAGUCCACGCCAUGUCCCGGCGGCCCGGCGCUGCACAUCGAGCCCCUUUCCGCCAUGACCGAGCUCAGGACACCACACCGCCGCGCCCGGGCACCGCCACCACCUGGCCACCGCUGCUGCGCCCGCCGCAGCGCCUGGGCUCCUCCCAGCCCCUUCCCGCCGCCGGCCAUGGCCCUCCUCCGCCGCCACCGCCGGCGACACGACCAGAGGGAGUCGCGGGCCGUUAUCCGCGUCCCCGCCUCGCCGUCCCCUGUCGCCACGCACGCAUCUCGCAGCGCUCGCCGCGGCACGUAUUCCGCAAAAAACCUCGCAAAAUCUGGUGGUUUUUUGUCCCACGAACGUAAAAUGGUGGUAGAUGGUAAAUUUCACCAUCAAAGUGGUGGUUUUAUGCUAUUAACUCGCGGCAAGGAGAUGAUAACGUCCACCCUUGAGGGGGGAGAGCGGCCAGUGGUGCUGGAUGAGGAGAUCGUUGGGGCCAUAUGCGGGUACAGCAUGCUGGUGCUGACUAGCUGGGGCGGCAUCGGACUGGAAGACAUGGACUUGGGCAGCGGGAGGCCAGCAAGGGUGAUUGCCAACAUGGAGAUGACGGUGCUGCCAUCCUCCGUGAUGUGCCCGUUGUGCUCCAAGAAGGAUGGUAGCCACGGCAAUGGCGAUGGUGUCAACGUGGUAGCGUUCUGCGUCAGGGAGGAGCACGCCGACGGGUUCCAUGAGGAACUUGCGAGGCUCCGAUGA